CUGCAGGUUCGUGUUUUGACGAUAUUUUGCUCUUUUUCCGUGCAAAAUAUUCACAGUGUAGUUGAACUGCUCAGGUAUUCGAGGUCGCAGCAGCUGUUGGUCCUUGCUUAUUUAGUUCCGCCUAUCAACACGCCCUUAUCCCUCUAAUAAAUAUCGACCACCACAGCUCACAGGGUCCAGCUCUCUGCUUCUCUCUUCCUGCCGUCUACAACUGUUCCCUGGACCGAGGAGCCAUCCCCAUCUCAUCCGCUGUCAGAAGACCAUGGACACAGAAAUUGAACAGCAAGAGGACACUUCAUUCAGCAACACAGAGACCAACGGUAAGCGCCCUGCUGAGGAUGCAGAUGAGCAGAAAUCAUUCAAGCGCUCCAGGAACUCGGACGAGAUGGUUGAGCUUCGCAUCCUCCUGCAGAGCAAAAAUGCAGGAGCUGUAAUUGGGAAAGGUGGCAAAAACAUCAAAGCCCUCCGCACAGACUACAAUGCCAGUGUGUCAGUCCCAGACAGCAGUGGGCCUGAGCGCAUCCUGAGCAUCAGUGCCGACAUCGAGACAGUUGGCGAAAUCCUGCUUAAAAUUAUCCCCACACUGGAAGAGUACCAGCAGUACAACGGCAUGGACUUUGACUGUGAGCUGCGUCUGCUGAUCCAUCAGAGCCUGGCUGGCUCCAUCAUCGGCGUGAAGGGAGCCAAGAUCAAGGAGCUCCGAGAGAACACAAAGACCAGCAUCAAGCUGUUUCAGGAGUGUUGUCCUCAGUCGACAGACCGGGUGGUGCUGGUUGGCGGGAAAACGGAGAGGGUGGUGGAGUGCAUCAAGACUAUGCUGGAGCUCAUUGCUGAAGCUCCCAUAAAGGGUCGAGCACAGCCCUACGACCCCAACUUCUAUGACGAAACCUACGAGUACGGCGGAUUCACUGUGAUGUUUGAAGAGAGGGGCGGUGGUCGCAGGCUCAUCGGAGGGUUCCCCAUGCGUGGGGGAAGGUCAAGCGGUGGAGAACGUGGCUUUGACCGAAUGCCCUCAAGCAGAGGGGGGCGAGGACCCCCACCCCCCUCCCGCCGAGACUACGACGAGAUGAGUCCUCGCCGAGGUCCUCCUCCACCCCACCCUAGCAGGGUUGGUGGCCGGGGGAGCGGUCGCGGUCGCAACAUGCCCAUGGGACACCCACACAGAGGAGGAGAUGAUCGUUACUAUGACUCGUACCGUGGCUCUGAUGAGAGGUCAAAUGACAGAAGAGGCAGACCGGAUCGCUACAGCGAUAACAUGAGCGGAGGAGGAUAUGACAACAGUUCCUCCUGGGAUAGCUACCAGUCAGGUGGACGUGGCUCCUACAGCGACAUGGGCGGCCCUGUCAUCACCACACAAGUGACCAUCCCGAAAGAUCUGGCUGGCUCCAUCAUUGGAAAGGGAGGCCAGCGGAUCAAACAGAUCCGCCACGAGUCUGGAGCCUCCAUCAAGAUCGAUGAGCCUCUGGAAGGUUCUGAGGAUCGAAUCAUAACCAUCACUGGCACCCAGGAUCAGAUCCAGAACGCCCAGUACCUCCUACAGAACAGUGUGAAGCAGUUCUCUGGUCAUUUGAUGUAAACCCAGGAGACUAAGAUUGAAGCAGAUCGCCCCCCUACCCACUCCCUGAACCUCCAAUCCCCCAAAACCUUUCUGCCCUUGUCCAACAUAUCCCCCUCAGACUAUUACUCUGGAUUGUGGGUGUCUUUUUGAAUUUUAUUUUUGUAUUUUUUAAUGAAAUAAAUGUCCGACAUUCCUGUGCAUAAAAACAAAAUGUAGAUGUUCUGCAUUUUUAAGAGUGUAGUCCAUUAGUUUAUCAGAUACUCUUUUUUUUCUUUUUCUAACAUUUAAAUCUAUCCAACUAUUCUUCAGUCUCCUGACAGACAAAAAUAAACAUAACCUUUAUUUUUGAUGGUUUUGUUUUUUAAUGACAUCUAUGUUUGCGUCUCCGGUUUAGAUCUGUCCUGUGUGUAGCAUGUGUGCAUGUUAGCGUGUGUGGAUUGGUUUGCUUUCAGCGUCUUUUUUGGGUCCCUUCACACAUGGGUUUAUCACAUUAUUAACAUUAGCACCAUGCAGAAUGUAAGCUGUUUCUUUUCAUAUUGAACCAUUAUGAUGUUUUUUGUUUGCUUUAUUUUGAAAAGAGUUUGUGGGAACUUUUACCCACUAGAAUUGAAUUUAGGUGUUUAAGUUUGAGCUGUUGUACACCGGUUACAGGACAGUCUGGCUAAUUUGUUAGAAAACUCAGAUGGUUCUGUGGUAGUUGUGUAAUGAAAACAAUCUGAUUAAUUUGAGUAACUCCUCACAAACAGAAAUAAAUAGCUAGAGGUUUUUUUUGACCUUUUUAUUUGAGAUUUGACCAAUACCAAACUUAUCCAUUUGUCCCUGUAAUUUCCUGUAAUCUACAUUUGUUUUCCCUCCAUGCUGUAGACUUCACAUUGUCAAAUUGUAAAAUGAAUAAAGAUGGUGCCACUUUUUACUGAA